UUAAAAGUUACUUUAUGGGCUCACGAAAUGUCAUCUAAAUCAAAAUUUCAUGACACUUCACUAAAAAAUUUGGGUUAAAAUUUUUCGAUUGUAUUUUCGGGUUCAUAAAUUGUGUUACAUAAUGGUGAAAGGUAAGGAAGACGAAAAACAAAAGAAACCACGCAAACCUUAUGAAGAAAUCGGCGCGAUAUUCAAUGGCAACGAGGUGAAGAUAAGGGUUCCAAAGAGCACUUCCAAGCCUCCAAAACUGACGCCUUCCCAGCUGAAGCUGCAGCAGCAGUGCACCUGCGACGAUGGAGCUUCAGUGUGCUCUGAGACAUGCGGGCUGCCCGGCGAGGAAGAUGGUGGCCCAGCAAACCAGCUGCACUUACAGAUCCCCGACGACAUUUGCGAGGCCCUCACCAACAGAACUGCUCUGAACUCAGAGCUGACCUACAGCAAGAAUGAAGCUCACGAGACGCUAUGUAACGUCUGCAACGUCACUCCAAACGACGCUCCCAAGGGAGUCCAGGCUCAAAAGGUCCUGCAUCCAGACAAAGAUGUCUUCAUUUUGAAGAUCGGGAAACAGACUGACGAGCCUAAUCGCACUGGAAAUAUUGAGGUGGAAUUGAUAACUCCCAGAGCGCCAGCCAAAGCGAAGCCAGCAACCCACUCUUGCAUCCAAAUACAGUGCGAGGAGCAAGACAUACCCUGCUGUGUGCCCUGCAGGACCUGCCGCGGAGUCGUCCCUAAACGGAAAAAGACCAGAAGGUCUAGAUGCUGCAUGUGAAAAUAAAUUUUAGUACCUACUGAACUUUACGAACCUUUUUCUAUGUUUACUAACAUUGUGAGCUCGGAUACAAUGUGUGUUUACAAAAUGUUAAGAAAAACUAAAAUAAAAAAGAGUAAAUAAC